UCCGAGAGUUUCGUGUCCGAGCUCCUGUCCGGCAUGGAGCGCGAGGGAGCGCGGCCAAGAAUAGCGUGUAGCACGCGAAUCUAAGCCGUUCCGUAAAUGAGUGCCUAGCAGAGGUGGUGUCCGACCGAAGACGAUCGUACACGACCGCUCCCUCCGGAUAACCUCGUCAAGGCGUGAGACUCCGGCGCGAUCGACGAUAACACUCGGACGGGGAACACGGGCCCCGGGUGUGUUCCGUUCUCUCAUAUAUAUGGAGCAGAUUCGCGGGAAACGCCUGUUUCACGUGCCGUAUCGCGCGCAGUGAAACGCGAGUGUAUGUGUUCGUGCGUGCGUGCGUGCGUACGUGCGUGCGUGCGUGUUCACGUAGCGCAGUCGCCGCCACCGCCGUCGUCAUCGUCGUAAUCGUCUUCGUCGCCGCCGCCGCCACCGCCACCGCCACCGCCGUGCAGAGCAAAGUGGAAGAAGACACGAAGGGCGCGCGGAGAAGGGCAAAGUAGAGAGAGAGAGAGAGAGAGCGAAACGGACAAGAAAUUUGCUGCGAGGGAGAACCGAGAACGGGAGCGGCGGGCCGAGAGAAGUAAAGAACUGGAGAGAACGAAGAAGCAACAAGAACGAGUCACAAGUGCGAGUGAAUGAGUGAGCGAUUGUGUGCGCGUGUGCGUAAGGUUGCAUGUGUGGCGCCGCGCGGCCGCGCGUGUGUGCCAAGCGAGUGCGAGAAGAAGGAGAGAAACCCGUGCGCGCGACAAGAGGAGCGAUUAUAGGAGCAGCCUGCCGCUUCUCUGCCUUGCCCUCUUGAGGAAAGAGGAGGACGCGCUUUUUUUCCUCCUCGCUACCGCCUGUCGUUACCACCGCCGCCGCCGCCGCUGCUGCUGCUGCUGCUGCUGCCGCUGCCGCUGCCGCUGCCGCCGUCGUCGUCGUCGUCGGGGCAAUGUCUCUCGAGACACGUUCGAGCUCGGCCCUGUUCAAGCGAGCCGAACAGCUCAAGCGUUGGGAGCAGUCCGAGACGAAUCGCGAGCCCACGCAACCGCGCCAAGUCGCGCGCAAGAUCAAAUUCUCCGCCGAUAUCGUGUUCCUGGCGGCGUGCGCGGCCAGCGACAAGGAGGAGGUCGUGCGUCUGCUACAGAGAGGAGCGGACAUCAACACCGGGAAUGUCGACGGUCUCACCGCGUUGCACCAGGCUUGCAUUGAUGAUGACCUGGAUAUGGUGGAGUUUUUGGUGGAACAAGGAGCGGAUAUCAAUCGUGGAGAUAAUGAAGGCUGGACGCCUUUACAUGCCACAGCAUCUUGUGGAUUCAUAUCUAUUGCUAAAUACUUAAUAGAACAAGGAUGUAAUCUGGCAGCAGUAAACAAUGACGGUGAACUGGCGCUGGAUAUUGCAGAAAGCGACGAGAUGGAAGACAUGCUCCAACAGCAUAUAAAUAAAGCAGGCAUUGAUUGUGAUCAAGCUAGGAGCGAAGAAGAACGGUCAAUGUUAAAUGAUGCAAAAGCUUGGCGGUCAGGUGCACCAGGCAAAGAUUCCAUGCAUCCGAGAUCAGGAGCCACGGCACUUCAUGUCGCCGCUGCCAAAGGCUACAUCAAAGUCAUGCACAUAUUACUACAAGCUCGAUGCAAUGUUGAUGCACAGGACUUUGAUGGAUGGACGCCUUUGCACGGUGCAGCGCAUUGGGGUCAACUGGAAGCUUGCAAACUUCUUGUUGAGAACGGCUGUGAUAUGGAUAUGAAAAAUUAUGCCGAUCAAACUGCUUUUGAUAUUGCUGAUGCAGACAUCCUUAAAGCUCUUGAAAAUUUGAGAGAGCAACAAGCACUUAGCAAAGAAAAUUCACAAACAAAUAACAAGAAGCAAUCGUCUAUACCAAAGAAACGUUUCUCAACGAGUGCUGAUAAUGCGGUAGCGGCACAAGAAUCUACAGAAAUCUUUGAAGAAGAAACGCCAAAUAAAGUUAAGAAGGUUGAAUUAGAGAUUCAAUCUGAUAAAGAAGAUUCCAGCACUAGUACAAACAGCGAUGUUGAAGCAACACGUGAAACACACAUGGAAGAGAGUGAUGGUGAAGGUGAAUCUGAGACUAGCUCAGAAUCACACUCUUCCACUUUCUCCAAUCAAUCUGAUAAGUCUAACCACGCGACAUGUCUUACAGAUGACGAAAAGAAAAAUAGAGUGAACAAAGAUGAAAGUGCACCCCAUAGUCCAAUAUCUCCAGUUGAAACUAAUAAAGUUCCUAAUCAGGCUCCAAUAUUGCCUCCAAAACAACAGACUGAUAAUAAUGAGGACGGUGUUGUACCAUCUUGGAGACGUUCAGGUUCCUUCCGAAAUAGAAUGCAAAGUACUGAAACUACUAAUUCUGCAUCUACAAAACUUGAAGAUAAGGAUAACAAUAUUAAAAUACCAACAACACCAAACAAAGUUAGUGCAGAGCCCGAUGUGGUAUUAAGAAGAACGCAUAGUUUCGAGACAGAUGAAAAGUUUUAUGAGCAGUAUUUGGCAUUACGUGCCCGCAUCAAGGCGUUCUCGUGCCCUACCCUCCAUCGCUGCAAUGCAGCUACUCCUACUCACACCAAUGCUACGACUCGCUCUGCAUCUCUACGCGAAACACACAGAAAGAAAGACGUGAAAUUAAAUUUGGAAUUAUCAAGACUGCCACAAGGAAGCAAUACACUUUCACCAACAUCUGCAUCUAAAACAUUGGUAUCGAGUCUAUUGUCAUCCAUCACAACAACUACCACUGCCACUACAACAACAAGUCCUAUUCCAGUCAAUCAAAUUCGCAGUGUUCAACCAGUGGAAGCUGCAUCUACAGUUGUAUCGAAUACAAAUAAUGCAGUAGCAACUGCUCCUGGAACUCCCACUACACCAGGAGGGAGCAAGCUAAGUCCAGGAAAUCUCUUCAAGAAUUUCUUCAAAUCUUUCGUUCCACCCGUACGCGAUGAAGAAAGUGAAACUCAAAGGAAAGCUCAUGCAAAGAGAGUAAGAGAAACGAGAAGGUCUACUCAAGGUGUGACAUUGGACGAGAUUAAGAGCGCUGAACAAUUAGUGAAGAAAAAGCAACAGAACAACGAAUUGCCGGCAUCAGCACCAUCCACGCAGCCUUCUACUACUACCACUACUACUACUACUACUACUACUGCUACUACUACUACCACCACCACCGUCAGCAAUACAGCUUCGAUCACAGCUACGAUAACAACCGCAACUUCCACUACUGUGACUCCUGUGAAUAAAGUUUCUGAAGAAUCUAAUUUACCUGAGAGACGACCGUCUUGGAGAUUAAGGGUAGACAAUGGAAGUAAGUUUCAGUUAGAGGAUGCUAAUAAUAAGCCUACUGAUAAUACGACCUAUAUGAGAAGACCGUCUGGUGGAACUGGUGUACCUAGACCAUCAUCAGCGCCCGUGGAGACUAUUGCCACCAGUAGUACAGAAACCACAGUUACUUUACCCCUUAGAAGAUCGUUAAAGCAACCUGAUGACAAAGAACAAGAUAAGGAAAAUGAUAGUAGAAACGCACAAGCUACACAAGCAGUUAUUCAAAGGAGACGUCGGCCUAAGAGAAGAUCGACAGGCGUAGUCCAUGUAGAUAUGGAUGAAAUUGACCCAGAAAAGCAAGAUCUAACUGCUGGUGGUGAUUGCGAUGAUUCCAAAAUCAAUCACAACGAAAGCGGAAACGAUCGUUCUGGGAGAGCUACUAGAUUAGGUUCGAUAUCUUCGCUAUCAUCAGAAGCUUCAUCAACACCAAUCAGAUUAAAAUCCAAUAGUUCCGAAAACGGUGAAUUAGAUUAUAAGAAAUUAUACGAAGAAUCUCAGGUCGAGAAUGAAAGGUUAAAAGAUAAACUGAAGCGCUCCGACGAACAAUUAAAGGAAGUCAGGCAUUUAUUGGAAAAAAUGCAAAUCAACCAAAAUAAAGUAAUUCUCUCUGAGGCAGAAAAAAGGGAAAGGCGAGCCAUGGAGAGGAAACUUUCAGAGAUGGAAGAAGAAUUGAAGGUGAUGGACCAACUAAAAUGCGAAAAUCAGAGGCUAAAAGAUGAAAAUGGUGCCUUGAUCAGAGUAAUCAGCAAAUUAUCCAAAUAAAUCUUGUAGUCUCAACUACACAUCGUAAUGAAAUUUUAAGUUGUAUUACAAUUAUGUUGAAUGAAUUGCUUUAAUUAUAGCAGCAUCAUCAUUAUCGCUAGUAUUCUUACAAAUCUUGCGUCACGCUAUCGAUGAAUUUAUCUUUAUAGUUAUUUAACUUAUUCCAAUUGUGAGAUCAAUUAAUCGCAUGGCUGUGCCAAAGGCGAAAAGAAAUGUUACUCCUAUUCUUAGACUGUGAAUACUUGAUUGUAAAAGACUUAGAGGAAUUUUACUUUGUGGAAUUACUUUUUAUAAUGUCAGAAAGAUAAAUUUUAUA